UGUGCUCAUGGAUGGAUCCAUUAAUGUUCUACAGUCGAUGUCUGCAGAAGAGAGAAAGAAUUAACGACUAACUAUAUCGAUACUGGACGUUUUAACGAUACCUUUCCAAGUCCAACUUUGCGUCUAGCGACAACCGACCGGAAGUUAAGGAGCUGGCUUUUACGUUAGCGGAAGUUGUCAGUUGACGCACUGUGAAUCGCUAAAGCUAUACAGCUACUUUUAAUCGCGUCUGAGCAGCGCGACAUAUAGCUUUUAUUCAAACAUCAGUGAAAGACUUAUUUAGUUUUUUAAAGUUUCCAUACAGAGCAAUGCAAUGACAUGUGAACUUAACGUCGACUGACAAGAAUUAUAAACCAGCUGGAGAGAUAGGUCGGUCUCUGUCCGCUUUAUUGUAUCAGUAACGACAGACGAGAUGAAGCCUCCUCCUCGCAUUCGAAAUAAACCAAACCGCAGCCUGACUCAGGGACAGGAGACGAGGGAUAAAGCUUUCACUAAGUGGCAGCGAGCAGAGCACAGAAAGUUAGUCACUGCUCUAAAAACUCUGAGCGGAAAGACCGGAGGACACGGAGACAUCGACUACAAUUUCCUCAAGAAAGAGGUGUCUACUCGGUCGAUUUCAGAGAUCCACUCUGUCAUAGAAUAUCUGAAGAAAAAGGUUAUCGGGAGUGUAAACUCCAAGCUGACAAGGAAGAUUUUGCAAGGCAAGAAGAUCAGAAAGCCCAUUGAGGUGUGGACACACAUGGCCUCUACUGUGGCUGGAACACUAGAGGAGCCCAUCUCUGCUGCUUUUUCUCAGAUGCUGUUAAUAUCUUCUACAGAGCCUCGCUCUCUGAGAAACUGUGACCCUCCUCAGGUCCACAGGCUGUCCACUGAUGCAGACAGGCCUGUUGGUCACACCAUUCCUUGUUCCCCUGUCCGAGGUGACUCACCUGGCACCAGCACAGCACAACCUAUCAUGCUCUUCAAGACUCCAGCACCAACCAUAGGCCCAGCCAAAAGACUCUCUACAUCAUUCAAAGUGGUCAAAGUGUCAAACAGCGGAAUCCAGAAUUCACCCCGGCAACAGCCUUCAACCACAGCUGGAACCCCACCUGCUGCCACCUGCUCCUCUCUAAACACAAUCGCACAACUCCCCACUGUUACUACUCUAUCUUCUGAUAGUUCUUCAGUUUCAACCACCUCCUCCUCUAGCUCAGUGCCAACACUUUCCCCGUCUACUACAGCAACUCAUGCCAAGUCCAGUAGCACCAGCAAACAUACAGAAAAAGACAAGAGCCUGGUUGACUUUGAGAAGAUCUAUCAUUACCUGAGUGUCAUCAAUAAGCCAGACAAGGAGUGUCAUAUGACGCCCAUGGAGAGUGCCAUCAUCUUGAACCUGAUGAUGUCUCUGCCAGAGGAGCUCCCUCUGCUGGACUGCACCAAACUCCACCAACAUCUCAUCCAGAUGCACCAGUGCCUCACAUCACCUGCUAAGUCCAAGAUGACGAGAGAGGACCGAAAGGGUGGACUCUGUGCUCAGACGAGUAAACCAAGUGGUCGAGGCAGCAACACAACAGACGGUCAGCAGCAGACUGCCAGGAUUAUGGACAGCAGUGGAGACCAGGAAGAUACUGAGAGCCAGUCAUCAGGGAGCAACAACGGAGAAAGCCAAUCAGGGAAUGUAGACGGGAUGGGAUUCUGCCCCCCUCUCAAUCCUUUUGUUGUGCCACUGAAACUGUUAAUGCGCAGAUAAGUUAAGUUCAAAAUGUCGGAUGAAAAAUUUGUAAUUGUGCUGUAACCUUAAAUUAUGACUCCUUUUCUAUAAAUAUUUGGAGGUUACUUACUGUGCUGGGUUUCAGUACCACUUGAAUGAUGCUUGUAAAUAUGAAAGUUGGCUUUGAAUAUCUGUCUUGUUUACUUAUUUCUCUACUUUAUGAAGCCCGGGAAAUGACAUGAAGGAAAAAAAUUAUGUGGCCAUGCUUUAAUAACACAGGUUAUUGUUGUUUAUUACAUUAUUGUUGACAUCAGCUACGACUUAAAUUUUCAUCUAAACGAGCUGUUCUCUAUCUAGAGCUGGUAGUGAUAAAACACAGGGAGCGUCUAGAGUGGGCAAUGCAGACAAUGUGUUGGGGUAAACAUAAUGUGCCUUAGAACAAGGAAAAACAGGCCAAAAUUUGUUAGUACUUGUAACAAGCAAAGAAAUUCUGUCAUGUAAGAAAUGUCUUCUUUUACUUGACUAAGGUGACUUAAAGAUUGUAUACCUUAGAAUUUCUCAUAUUCACACACACACACACACAUCAAUCCAUGAUAGUUAAUAACACCAUAUGUGCACCACUAGUGAGCACACAAACCAGGAGCAAUUGGGAUUUUAUGCAAAAUAUUUCUUCAGCUUGUUAGUGGUCAUUAAAUUAGAUUAUAUUUAUAUAUUAAUAAUUAAUAAAUUAAUAAUUUCCCAGAAAUAAGACUUGUUUUACUUUCUUAAAAAUCAGCAUUUGCAGUGUAGUGCCUAGAAACUCACUUUUUUCAUAAUUUCAUCAUCAUUUUCAUUCAGAAUAUUAGCUAAAAUCAUCACCAUAAUACAGUUCAGUGCCUAUCAAAUCACAUCAAAGCCAGCUGUUCAAAGAAGGUGUCUCGUUUUGAUGAAAACGAGGUUGGAGCUGAUAAGUAUGCCUUACUUUUGUGACCCCCACAGAUGUCACUUCCAGGCUCUGUACCGUCCUGAUACCAUCCAGAUUUUUUUACUGCAAGAGAAAUAAAGAGAAGUCAUGUGAAUACUAAA